UUGAACGUCGUGUAGGGGUAGCUUUUUCCAAUCGAUGAUCUCAACUCAAGUUUCUUCUAUCAGCUUCAAGAAUGGACCGAAGAAUUCAGUGAGAAUGAGAAAACUAUUGUUCCGUUGGAGCUAUGUCGAAGUCUGCAGCAGGAAAAGUCACGGGAAACUAAAUACAGUUUAAGCCUAACAAUGCGACCCAAACAAAGAAGGCAGUGAUUUUGCGGUCUUGGUGAUUUGCUCCGCUGCUCCUGCUACUAGCCAGGGCUGGGUCCCGUUACAGUUGGGAGUCGGCGGUUCGCCAAGAUGUCUAUGGAGGAGCAGGAAUAUCCUGAGGCGGUACUGGUGACAGAAGCCGGGCCACAGUGGCUCCGAGCCGAAGUGGAGCGCCUGACCCGGGAGCUUCGUGAAACAACCCAGGAGAAGAUCCAGGCGGCUGAAUAUGGGCUGGCGGUGCUGGAGGAGAAACAGCAGCUCAAGCAGCGAUUUGACGAGUUGGAGGCAGACUACGAGACGGUCCGACAGGAGCUGGAUCAGCUGAAGGAGGCCUUUGGACAUGCUUACUCUACCCACAGAAAGGUGGCAGCAGAUGGGGAGAGCAGGGAAGAGUCAUUGAUACUAGAGUCAGCCAGUAAAGAAGCUCUCUACCAGCAGAAGGUCCUAGAGUUGCAGAAUGAGCUCCGACAGGCCAAAGCUUCCCUUACCAGCGCACAAGCUGAAAAUGAUCGCCUGUCAUCCAUUGCCCUUGAAAUGAGAGAGAAUUCAGAGCUGGCAGAGCUACAGCGCAAUCAGCUGCGAGAUGACAUCAGAGAGUACAAGGUUCGGGAGGCUCGGCUGCUCCAGGACUACAGUGAAUUGGAGGAGGAGAACAUCUCCUUUCAGAAACAAGUGUCUGUGUUGAAACAGAACCAGGUGGAAUUUGAAGGUCUAAAACAUGAGAUCCGCCGUCUGGAGGAGGACUCCCAGUGUCUGCACAGCCAGCUGGAGGAAGCGAUGCGUCUGAGAGAAAUUGCAGAGCGGCAGCUGACAGAAGCUUUAGAGACCAUUAAGACGGAACGUGAGCAGAAGGCCUCGCUGCGCAAAGAGCUCUCCCACUAUAUGACCAUCGGUGGCUCUGUGUACAGUAGCUCUUUCAAUAUUUCCAUCGAUAACCCCAAACACCACGAGGACCCCUCAGCCAUCACUGAACCGGACAACGACGAUCUGAUAAGAGGCUUUGAGAACGGCUUGGUCAAGACAAGUGAAAGUGAUGAAGACAAUAGAACAGUGAACAAGAGAGGGGAGGCCUUCAAGCCAGUUCCUAGCUUGGUGGACGACCUGCUGAGUGAGCUCAACAUAUCAGAGAUUCAGAAACUGAAACAACAGCUGGUGCAGGUUGAGCGGGAAAAGGUUGCCCUGAUCAACUCUCUGCAGGAGAGCCAGAAGCAGCUGGAACAGGCCUAUGGCACUGUGUCUGAGCAAAAGGAAACGGUCAACAGGUUGACUGAAAAUCUAAGUGCAAUGAGGAAACUUCAGGCCAGUAAGGAGCGACAGUCUGCCCUUGACAGUGAGAAAGACAGGGACAGUCAUGAUGACGGAGACUACUACGAGCUGGACAUUAAUGGCCCUGAGAUCCUGCAGUGUAAAUACACCGUGGCAGUAUCUGAAGCUGGAGAACUGAGGCAAGAGCUGAAAACACUAAGGGCACAGUAUGAGGAGUGUCGAACCCAGUAUGAAGAUGAGCGAGCGCGGCUGGAGAGCGAUGUCCAGGACUUGAGGUCAAAGUUGUCAUCCUUGGAGAAGAUUAGCCAAGCAGAUAAAGCCGUGGUGGCACGUCUGGAGAAGGAGCUCCGUCUGGUCAGCGAAGCAGCUGGAGAAUCACUUGGCAGCCUUAAUGUGGCCCAGGAUGAGCUCAUAGCUUUCAGUGAAGAGCUGGCCAAUCUCUACAACCAUGUGUGCAUGUGCAACAAUGAAACCCCUAACCGCGUCAUGCUCGACUAUUACAAGGAUGGCAAAGCCAUGCUAAGAAAGGGGCAAGAAGCAAAGGAGCACCAGUCAGUACUUCUCACUAAUGGGUUAAUCACUGAGACUGAGUCUGGAAAGUCAGAUUCCAGCAGCGCCGCAGUUACUGCAGCUCCAAUCCAGGAUCAUCGGCCAGAACCCAUGAACAUCUAUAACCUCGUAGCUAUUAUCAGGGACCAAAUCCGCCACCUCCAGCAGGCAGUGGACCGCACCACAGAGCUGUCACGUCAAAGACUUGCCAACCUGGAGCUGAGCACAGUGGCAGACAAAGACAAAGAAGCAUGCAUGGAGGAGAUUCUCAAACUCAAGUCCCUGCUUAGUACCAAAAGGGAGCAGAUUGCCACUCUCAGAGCUGUUCUCAAGGCCAACAAACAGACAGCAGAGGUUGCUCUGGCUAACCUCAAGAGUAAGUAUGAAAGUGAGAAGGCCAUGGUGACCGAGACAAUGAUGAAGCUCCGUAAUGAACUCAAGGCUUUGAAAGAGGACGCUGCUACGUUCUCCUCUCUUCGAGCCAUGUUUGCUACAAGGUGUGAUGAGUAUGUUACCCAGCUGGAUGACAUGCAGAGGCAGCUGGCUGCUGCUGAGGAUGAAAAGAAGACUCUGAAUUCUUUGUUACGUAUGGCCAUUCAGCAAAAACUGGCAUUAACUCAGCGCCUAGAGGAUUUGGAGUUUGAUCAUGAGCAAGCGCGCCGCAACAGUGCCUCAACAGUGGGAGGCAAGGCCAAGACAAAAGGCAAGGGAGCCUCUUCCAGCCGCAGUUAAACUUGUCGAGCCAAGUGUCCUUAAGGAGAUCCAUGAGAUUAUGUGACAGUGGCCAGUCGUCUGUUCUCCUGGUUUCUUCACUUUAAUCAUGGUCCAAAUUAUGUCAUUACUUAGACAAGAAUAUAUACAGCAGUAUUAGCCAAGAGCCUUGUUUUAGAGUGCCAAAACAAGUAUUUAAAAUAUUGUUAAGCUCUAACAAACUGCAGAAAAUAUCAGAUCAGCUGCCCAGUGCAGUCUAUCAGUCUUCCAAUAAUAUGAACCACUAUGAUUACUUAACCAGUGGAAGAGUCCUGAUGGGUGUUUUGUGGAUUACUCAAUGCCUGUGUUACCCUGACUGAGCACUUUUUGUUUUACAUAUUUGCUCCAAGCUUAUUCCACUUUCUAAAAUGAUGCUAACUGUUUCAAGUAUUGUAUAAUGUUUGUAUUCUGUGUGCAUGCUCAUCUGGCAGGUUCUUCACUAUUUUAAAUGUCUCCCCAUAUAUCUUUAACCUUAUUUAUUUCAUAGCACUAAAGUCAGAGACUGCUUUUAAAGCAACAAAGAAGUCUCUGAUUUUGUUGUCCUUUGGCCUUCAGAUUUAGGUUUGAUAUGUACUGACAGCCAGAAUUCUUUAUAGCUCUGUCUUUGGGUGUGCUGUAUUAUUGUCACUCUAUGAUCCUGCAAAAAAUGGAACUUCAAAUACAGGAUCUUAACUGUGUUCUGUAUGAUUAUGUUCUGAGCAGAUAAAGCAGAGUUUUUGCAAACUAAUGUAUGCUUGUUAUGACUGAAAAAGAGUAAAAAUGCAAAGCUUAUUUAAAGAUUUAUAAGUUAAGGUCAGAUGUAUAGUAUUCAUAAACUCUAUCCAUGACAGAGUUUUUAAAGUAACCAUUUUAAUACAACUUUUUGUAAAGCUUUUUAAAUAAUAAGUCUGCAGUGCCAUUGUGUGUUUUCUUUAUACAAG